AUGCUGGCCGCUGGAGGGCGCCACACGGUGCUGCUCAGGAGCGACGGCACCGCCGUGGCCUGCGGCUGGAAUCUUGCUGGUCAGUGCGACCUCCCGGCGCUGCCCGCGGGCCUAACCUACGCGCAGGUCGCCGCUGGAGAGCGCCACACGGUGCUGCUCAGGAGCGACGGCACCGCCGUGGCCUGCGGCUGGAAUGAUGGUCGGUGCGACCUCCCGGCGCUGCCCGCGGGCCUGACCUGCGCGCAGGUCGCCGCUGGAGGGCGCCACACGGUGCUGCUCAGGAGCGACGGCACCGCCGUGGCCUGCGGCAGCAAUCAUGCUGGUCAGUGCGACCUCCCGGCGCUGCCCGCGGGCCUGACCUGCACGCAGGUCGCCGCUGGAGGGUUCCACACGGUGCUGCUCAGGAGCGACGGCACCGCCGUGGCCUGCGGCAGCAAUCGUGCUGGUCAGUGCGACCUCCCGGCGCUGCCCGCGGGCCUGACCUGCACGCAGGUCGCCGCUGGAGAGAACCACACGGUGCUGCUCAGGAGCGACGGCACCGCCGUGGCCUGCGGCAGGAAUCUUGCUGGUCGGUGCGACCUCCCCGCGCUGCCCGCGGGCCUGACCUACACGCAGGUCGCCGCUGGAGGGUGCCACACGGUGCUGCUCAGGAGCGACGGCACCGCCGUGGCCUGCGGCAACAAUCAUGAAGGUCAGUGCGACCUCCCGGCGCUGCCCGCGGGCCUGACUUACACGCAGGUCGCCGCUGGAGGGGACCACACGGUGCUGCUCAGGAGCGACGGCACCGCCGUGGCUUGCGGCUGGAAUCAGUAUGGUCGGUGCGACCUCCCGGCGCUGCCCGCGGGCCUGACCUACGCGCAGGUCGCCGCUGGAGAGGACCACACGGUGCUGCUCAGGAGCGACGGCACCGCCGUGGCCUGUGGCUAUCGUGCUGGUCAGUGCGACCUCCCCGCGCUGCCCGCGGGCCUGACCUACGCGCAGGUCGCCGCUGGAGGGAGGCACACGGUGCUGCUCAGGAGCGACGGCACCGCCGUGGCCUGCGGCAGCAAUCAUGCUGGUCAGUGCGACCUCCCGGCGCUGCCCGCGGGCCUGACCUACGCAGCUCAUUUGUGUCCAGCGCUGCUCCUGCAGGUGUCGCUCGAUGGCGGCUCAAUGGUUUUCGUCACCAUCGGCGGGGUGGAGCGAUGCAGGAUCAGGGCGGCGCCCACCGCCCGCCUCGCAGACAUCUACCUCCAGCUCGUGGCCGAGCACCGCGCGGGCAGGCUGGGCCCCGGAGCCUGGCGCGUCGAGGCGAUCCUGCCGGGGGGCCGCCCGCUCAGCAGCGCCGCGGCCGAGGAGACGGUCGCCAGCGCAUUUCCCGCCGCAGCCUGA